UACUUUAUAUAGACAAUAUUUACCAAGUUAACAUGUUUCAAGUAUUAAAUAUUUUAAAAUCACAGGGUUUAUAGUUACCGAUUAUGUCGUAUAUUCUUGUAACAUGUCAAUAAUAGUUGCUUCGUUAUAUGUAUUGUUCUUAGCAUUAUAAGCUACUGUUUUUUUUGCAAUGUAUGAAUUUUAAAUGCUGAGGAAAGUGAUAAUAAAAGUCUUAAAGCUCUAAACUGACCGAAAUAAUGGACAAAAUAAUAAUUUAUAUGACGAAGGGAUAAAUGAAAAUGUUAUUAUAUGUUUCAUGCUUGGUUUGUUAUUAUAGUUUAAAAGAGUCCAUUUACAGUAGGUUUAAGAUGUGGCAUGCCGCUCUUUUGCGGUUUAUCAGGCGACGAUUGGUUUUAGGAAUAAUUUUUGCAUCAUCAUUGACCUAUUGCAUUGUUAGUUUCCUUAAAGAGGGUAACAAUAAAAAUAUGGUGUAUCAAGAUGUUUCUAUAGAACAUAAACCAUUUGUGUGGAGAACACUUCAAGAGCACAACGAAACUCAAGAUACUUUGUGUAGAAACUCAAUUCAAGGAAAGUCUUUACUUGUGGAUGACCGAGGUUAUGUAUGCCAAAGAAUGGAUUUGGCUAAGAAUGGCUGUUGUAACAUAGAAGCUAAACACACUCAGAGGUAUAGCUGUAAAUCAUGCAAGAAUAACAACUGUUGUGUUAUAUAUGAAUAUUGUGUGUCCUGCUGUCUUGAUCCCAGUAAGAGGAGUUUGUUAGAGUUGGUGCUGUCAAAGCUGUCAGCCGAGGAGAAGGUUUUGUUCCGUUCAAUAAGCGACGAUUAUGAAUUAUGUCUAACAAAGUGCAGAACGAGUUCUCAUAGUGUGCUUCAUGAGAAUUCCUAUAAAGAUCCCAGUCAUAAGCACUGUUUUGGUGACAGAACAAAUUCAAAGCCAACGGACUAGCAGUUAAUACACAGAUUAAAAAAACAUUUAUGACAAAUGAUCACAAAGCUGUUUGGAUCAUGACCUUAGUGAAUUAUUAGAGUGUAAUAUAUAAUAUUAUAUUGUGACUGGAUUGUGAGUGAAAUAUUUUUUAAAGAUAUCAUAUAUCAAGUGAAAUGGAUUAAAUAUUAUCAGGUAUGUAAUAAAAUAUGAAUAGUAGAUUUUUUAUUUAAACAUAUUAUACUUACAAGUGCACUUAAUAAUGAACGAAGUUUUUGUUUAAAUUACUUAUAGAAAUUUUAAUACAAGAGGCUAUAUGUAUAUGAAAAACAACAAAAAUAAAAAAGAUUAUGAGAAUGUUUCACAUAAUUUUUUAGUCUUAACUUAAUUAUAGUUACCAAUUUCAAAGUAAGUUAGUAAUGUUGAGGAAUGUGAGCACAAUAUAGAAUCACAAAUAUAUUAAAUAGUCAAUUAUUAUGCUAAUCUUUAUAGAAAAUGCAUACAUUUGUAAUUUAUUAGCUUUAAAAGAUAUGUUUAGUUAAUGAUCACACUAUAUAUUGUAUAAUUUUAGAUAGUAACUAACAUCUGUAUCCUACAGUAUCCAGUUUUACUAUGAUUCACUCAUGUGACAAACAACGUGAUUAUUUUCAAAUAAAACCAUCGUAAUAGACUUAAUUUAUAGUUAUAUAUGAUUAAGAGUGGCUUUCCUAAACCGAUACUAAUAAUUUCUGUUUCUCAACUGAGAUGUUAAAUAUGUAUGAUAGGAUGAACCCAUAUAUAAGUUUUUAUUCAAAUGUGAUGUCAUGUACCUAACUUUAUUAAUGUAUUAGCUUUAUUUAUGGCUUUUUAAUAAUAUUCCAUGGAAAUAAACAAAAAAUUUUAUUAAUAAAACAUUAUUAAACUAUUUUAAUACAGAGAUAAUUUUUUUAUCAAUAGAAACAUAUGAUGUAACAACUUAAUUUUCAUUAAAUAAAUUGCUAUUUAUAAUGAAACACAUUCUAUCAUUGUAAUGAAUAUUUAAAAAAAAAAUGUUUUAUUCUACAUUUAAUUUUAAUACUUUAUAAUGUUUUCAUAUAAGAGACUCAUAAAUGACUUCUGUUUCAAACAAUGUUAUAGUUAUUAGUAAGAAAUUAGGGUUAUUAGUAAUUAUUAUUAAAUUAAUAUUACUUCGUCCAAUCCAAUACUUUAAUUUUGAAGUUAAGCGAGUUUUGAUAUUGUAAUGUUAAAUAGUUUUAUUCACAAUAGAUAGAACAUUUUGAUAGAAAUUGUGAUAUGUAUUUAAAUUGUAUAGAUAACAGCUCAGUAAUCAGCGUAUGCUUGUUAUAAGUGUGCUCUAUGCUUAAAAAUAACGCCUUACAUUGUUAUGUGAAAGUUAAGUAAUUAAUAUUUAUUUAUUUGAAUAAAAUAUUUUUGUACUAAUUUUAUUAAA